AUGCCUUCGUACCAGGUGGCCCUGACCCCGCAAGGGUCCGACUGCCCUUCUUCUUCUUCCUCCGCCGACCCCGUCCAGAAUGACGAAGACCUUUCGUUGCAAGAGUACUGCAAAACGCGGAUCACGACGCUCAAGCCGCCCAUGACACAAGUGGCGAACCCAUUUCAAGUGCUCGGGCAACUCGAUCGUCUCCAAUGGCUGCAGUUCCUCGUGGCUUUCGUCGCAUGGACCUGGGAUGCCUUUGAUUUUUUCACAGUCACCAUGACGAUCUCGGAUCUCGCAGAGACCUUUGACAAAUCAAAGACCGACAUCACGUGGGGUAUCACCCUCGUGCUCAUGCUCCGGUCCGUUGGCGCCAUCACUUUCGGCAUUGCCUCGGACCGAUGGGGUCGAAAAUGGCCAUUUGUCGUCAAUAAUCUCCUCUUUAUCGUCCUGGAGCUCGCUACCGGCUUUAGCCAGACGUACACGCAGUUCCUCAUCAUCCGGGCCCUCUUUGGUAUUGCCAUGGGUGGGUUAUACGGAAACGUCGCGGCGACAGCUCUUGAAGACUGUCCGGUAGCUGCCCGAGGGAUUAUCUCGGGGAUGAUGCAACAGGGAUAUGCUUUCGGGUAUCUCCUGGCUGUUGUCUUUGCUCGUGCUCUUGUUAACACAACAAGCCACGGAUGGCGUCCGCUCUUCUGGUUUGGCGCGUGUCCACCGAUCUUUAUCAUCCUCUUUCGCCUGUACUUACCGGAGACCAAGGUCUUCCAAGAACGGCAGCGGGUACGUGAAGCCAGUCGCAACAUGACGAAAGCCUUUGUGGCUGAAGGCAAGGUCGCACUCAAGCGCCACUGGCUACUGAUCUGUUACAUGAUUCUCCUCAUGGCAGGAUUCAACUUCAUGUCGCACGGAUCGCAGGACCUGUACCCAACUAUGUUAAAGAACCAGUUCGAGUUCACCCCGAAUCAAGUCACAGUGACUCAAGUUGUCGCCAACCUCGGCGCUAUUUGCGGGGGUACAAUCGUCGGGUACUACUCGCAGAUGUUUGGUCGACGUCUGUCGAUUUUGGCCAUGGCCGUCAUUGGGGCUGCUCUCUUGUACCCGUACUGCUACAUCAGCAACGAGAUGGUCAUGAUUGCUGCCUUCUUUACGCAAUUCUGCGUCCAAGGGGCUUGGGGGGUCAUCCCGAUUCACCUCAUGGAGCUCUCACCUCCUUCGUACAGCACUUUCAUCGUUGGUACAGUCUACCAGCUUGGUAACCUCAUUUCGUCAGCAUCGUCGACCAUUGAAGCUUCCAUUGGAGAGAACUUUCCCCUGCCGGACGGAGAAGAUGGAGUGCGUCGCUACGAAUAUGGCAAGGUCAUUUGCAUGUUUCUAGGUAUCGUAUAUGCCGCUGUGUUUCUGCUGACACUCAUUGGACCCGAGGCUCGGGGCAAGGAAUUCGACGUGAAAAACGAUCACGACCUGGAAGAGGCUGCGAAUCUCAACCACGAAGAUAUUGACAAGAUUUUGCAUGGCGACACACUCACUCCUACUGAAACAAAGUCCAUGAAAGCGUAA